AAAAAAAAGGUGGGCUUGUAUUUCUUUCCUGACAUAUAAUGAAAUGAGCCCGAAAAGGCCGGGCCUUCACCUUAGGUUGUGAUCGACGACGAAUCCGCUAAACUCAACCUAACUCAUUCUGGCAGCGGCACGAUCCGCCGCCUUAGCCGCCGACCUCCUCCCUCUUCCUAUUAGUCUCAAUUUUCACUCCAAUUCCAAUUUCCAUUCUUUUAAACCCUUUCUACUGACCAAAUUAUUCACAAAUUUCGGUUGCAGCCAAUUUUUUGAACUAAAAUUUGAAAUUUGUAUGCUGAUCUUACAGAUUAAUCGUACGAUUGACGUCUGAUCGCAAUUCGAGCUGCCAUCAUCAUCAUAAUCUCCGGGUCAUCUGCUACAGCUGGCUUGAGAUUAUAAGAAGAAACAAGGAAAAGAAAUAUUUUUUUGUAUGUCUCCAUCUGUACAUUUCUUCUCCGUGAUUGUGAAAUUUGGUGGUGACAAUUACGGAGCAGAAGCGCGUGAACGGAUAUGGAGGAGAGUGGGAAUCUGUCGAGGAGUAGUAAUAGUCCGUCAGUGAGAGUGUCGUCGUCGCCGCAGUCCAAGCAGUCGUUGAGGCGGCUGAGCUUGUGCUCGCAAAUAUUAACACACUCUUCCCCAAUUGUGUUCCCAGAGAAACGUACUAAGAAGCUCAAGGAUUCAUCCAAGCGUGGCGAAGCCCCUGUCACGGAUGAUCAGCUUGAUAAAUCCAAGAGUGAAGAGCUUCGAAUCGAUAUCGGAGGAGGGGAUGAAAAAUCUGAUUUACUUGGUUAUGUGGUUUACUCAGGGAAGCUCAUUUUGGAUAAGAGAAAGAAUGUCCACACUAAUAGUAAUUCCUCCGAUGUAAAGCAGAAUUCUUCUACUGAUAUUGCCAACCAAGAAGGAGUCGCUGCUAAACUCACUAGCAAGGCAUUGGUUUGGGGUUCUCAUGUCUUGCCUCUUGAUGAUGUCAUCUCGGUAUCCUACAAUGUUGGUGUUAGACAUUUCACUGUGCAUUCUUACCCUCUAAGAAAGGGUUCUUGUGGCCUUUCCUGUUUUAUUAAACCGAAGAGAAGUCGGAAAGAUUUUCGUUUCUUGGCUUCUACUGCAGAAGAGGCAGUCCAAUGGGUUGGUGGGUUUGCAGAUCAGCAGUGUUUCAUCAAUUGUUUGCCUCACCCUUUAGUUUCUUCGAAGAAACAGGCUUCUUCUGAAUUGUUUCCGAUGGAUACUCCUCCUGAACUCGUUUUCAGGUGCAAGAAUCCACCGAAAAUGCUUGUUAUAUUGAAUCCAAGGUCAGGUCGGGGUCGUUCUAGUAAAGUUUUCCAUGGCAUUGUGGAACCAAUAUUUAAGCUUGCAGGGUUUAAAUUGGAGGUAGUCAAAACAACAUCUGCUGGCCAUGCUAAAAAGCUGGCAUCUACUGUUGAUAUCAGCACAUGUCCUGAUGGAAUAAUAUGCGUUGGUGGGGACGGGAUUAUCAAUGAGGUUCUAAAUGGUCUGCUUAGUAGAGACAAUCAGAAAGAAGGAAUUUCUAUACCCAUUGGAAUUAUACCGGCUGGUUCUGAUAAUUCACUGGUUUGGACUGUUCUUGGAGUUAGAGAUCCAGUCUCUGCUGCUAUUUCUAUUGUGAAGGGAGGUCUUACUGCUACAGAUGUUUUUGCUGUUGAAUGGAUUCAGACUGGUGUUAUUCACUUUGGGAUGACAGUCUCCUAUUAUGGUUUUGUCAGUGAUGUCUUAGAACUUUCUGAGAAAUAUCAGAAAGGAUUUGGUCCUCUAAGAUAUUUUGUUGCUGGGUUCCUCAAAUUUUUGUGUUUGCCAAAAUACAAUUAUGAAGUGGAGUACCUUCCAGCAGCAAAAGAGGAUCGAGAGGUAGUUGACAUGUCAGACCUUUACACAGACAUUAUGGGGAGGUCAAAGACGGAUGGCAUUCCCAGAGCCUCUAGUUUAUCUAGUAUUGAUUCAAUAAUGACUCCUAGUCGAAUGUCUGGAGGUGAGAUGGAGACAUUUAGUAGCUCUAAUGCCAGAACUGAACCAUCUGAGUAUGUGCGAGGCCUUGAUCCUAAGACUAAACGGUUGUCAUCUGGAAGAAACAAUGUAACUACUGAGCCUGAAGUUAUUCAUCCUCAGUUACCAUUCUCAACGACUCCAAAUUGGCCAAGGACCAGAUCAAAAUCAAGAACAGAUAAAGGAUGGAGUGGAGUGACUGCAGCAAAUGAUCCUUCUAGAUGUUCUUGGGGUAAUGCUGCAACAAAUGAUAGAGAGGAUAUAUCUUCCACAUUGUCUGAUCCAGGUCCAAUUUGGGAUGCUGAACCAAAGUGGGACACUGAGGCUAAUUGGGAUGUGGAAAAUCCAAUCGAGUUACCAGGGCCAUCAGAUGAUAUUGAGUCAGGAAUAAAGGAAGUUGUUCCAAGAUUCGAAGAUAAAUGGGUUGUGACCAAGGGGCCAUUUCUUGGCAUCAUUGUGUGCAACCAUGCAUGCAGAACCGUGCAGAGUUCUCAGGUGGUGGCUCCAAGUGCUGAACAUGAUGACAACACCAUGGAUAUGCUGUUAGUUCACGGUAUUGGGCGGUUGAGGUUGAUGAGAUUUUUCUUGCUUCUACAGAUGGGUAAACACCUUUCACUGCCAUAUGUUGAAUAUGUCAAGGUGAAAUCAUUUAAGAUUAAGCCUGGGAAACACACGCAUAAUGGUUGUGGGAUUGAUGGUGAGCUUUUUCCCCUCAAUGGACAAGUAGUAUCAUCUUUGCUUCCAGAACAGUGCAGACUAAUUGGUCGCUUCCCUAGCCGUCAUGUAUAAUGACCAAGAGAUGAUGUUUUUGAAUUUUUCUGUUUGUCAUGUCUUGGAUGUGAAUGCUCUCUUUUAUACUCGUGGCUGUGGAAUAUGCAGAGUAUCCUUAUACAAAACAAAAAUAUCUUCUGUUAUAUUUUCACGUUAACCCCCUUCCAGUUUGUUCCAUUACAUACAUGAGGGUUCUGUAAAUUUUGUUGGGUUUAUGUAUCUGUUUUCUGCUGCUUGUUUAUUUGCUUUUCUACUCCUCUUUGGUAUAUAUGCGCUUUUCUCUUGUUUGUUUCUAUGUGAGAGUUGCUAAAUGUAUUGAAAAUUUACCUUUUUGUUCCUUUGAAAUUUCUUUAUAAGAUAUCUUCUGGAUCUGAGAUAUUUACAAAAGAAUGUCUUGUCCUUUUAUCUUCUCUAUUUUCUCAGUUCUGUUUCUGUCUUUCUCCAUCACUGCUUCAUAUCCCAUUGAAUGAAAAGCAUCCAAGUGUGCCAUGAUGUAGAAGUUCUACAAAGAAGGGAAGGCGAUCACUGAGCAAAUCGCAAUCAUUCCUUCUUUUACUAACGUAAGCUCUAUUAAAGAUGGUGCAUGUAUAGGAUGAUUUUUAUUGCAGGUUGCAAAGGGGUUGAUUUGAAUUCAGAUUGUAUUGGUUCGGAUUUCCGUUAGUUUCAAGCAAUUUUAAAUUUAAUUUAUUAGAUAUUAGAUGUAAUCCUUUUAACAUGAUUUUGGUUUGAAUUAUGAUGGAAUCUCAUAUUUUUGGAUUUGAUUUUUGACUAUUUGUGCAAUUCAGAUUUGGGUGGAUUCAAGUUCAGGUUUUUUUCCGAAGGGUUUUCAGCUUAAGUUGUUUUGCUUCCUCUAAAAAGUUGUAGAAUUUUAGCGUGGUUAGAACUUGGAAAAGAAAAAAAUGGAGCCUUUGUCCCUGUCUGGUGGUGGCUGGGGAUGAUUGGCUGGCUUGGGUUUUUGCUAUCCAUAAAGAUUGGAUUGGAGAGUGGGCCAGGUUGCCUUCUCCACCUCUCAUACCUCAUCCCCUACCCUUGUUGCCCCAAGUAUUUGUGGACAAAGCAUCUUUUUCGAUCUCAAAACGCUGCCGUGAAA